AUGACUGAUCCCAAGGCUAACACAUCCGCCGUAACCACUGAUGAGUCUCUCAACGAGAAGAAAGAGUCGCAUAGAAGUGAUGACAAACACACGAAGAAGUCGUCCAAUUGUGGAGACAAAGUGCCCCAAAAGGAGGGUUUGGCCAAAACUAAUGCUGACCGACGAGUGGGCGACCGAUACUUCAACGGAUCCAAUGGAUCCAAUGCUUUUGCUUCAGAAGUUUCGUUCAAUUAUUUCAAAGACAAUCCUUUUAAUAGGAGUUAUGAUCCAAACUACUAUCACAUGUCCUCUAAUGGAUGUCCGGGUCAACCCUUUUAUGACUAUUCUCAUCGACAAUCUUACCCUUCAUAUCGACCACAAAGUUAUCCCAAUUAUAGCCAAAGACAUUACAAACACACACAGACUUUAACUGAAGAUGAAAUUCGGGAAAAAGUAUCGAAAUAUCGGCCGUUUAUGACAGCAAAGAGCUAUAAGUCAAAGACAAGUGGUAUUGAAUUCUCAAUAAUGAGUUACAAUAUUCUGUCGCAAAACCUAUUGGAAGACCACUCGAGUCUAUACCAACACUGCCAGCCCUCACACAUCCAGUGGCCUCUUAGGGGACACCGAAUUGUGAGGGAAUUACUCGAAUCGGAAGCCGACAUAAUAUGUUUACAAGAAGUGCAUUCACAACACCUCAAGGAACUAAUAGCUCCCGAACUCAGUAAACACGGCUAUAAUGUUGUGUACGAACGGAAAACCGGUAACAAACUGGACGGCUGUGUCAUCGCCUUUAAAGACGAUGUGUUUUCACUGUUGAAAUCAACUAAAUUAGAGUUAAUGCGAAAAGAUAUGUCACCCCUUCUGGACAGAGACAACAUUGGAUUAAUUGUUGAGUUGAGACCAAAGUUGUCGACCAAUUCAAAGCUGGUUGUGGCCAACACUCACCUCUUGUAUAAUCCAAAGAGAGGUGAUAUUAAAUUGGCUCAAACGAGGCUAUUGUUGGCAGAGUUGGACAAAUUGGCGCUCAUAUCCGCCAACGAGAAUGUGUUUGAAUACAAUCCCAUCAUAUUAUGCGGUGAUUUCAACAGCGAUCCCAAAUCACUUCUCCAUAAUUUCAUUACUACCGGUGCUCUAAACCUCUUUGGCUCUAAAAUGGGUGACAUAUCCGGACAGCGGAACAGCUUUGGCACCGGAAAGCCACUUGAACAUCGUCACCUCGACUUAUCGGGAGUUACAUCCGAUUCCCGAUACGAGAACCCAUUUAAUAAAAGCAGUGCUAAACACACGGACACUGAGAAUAUGUUAAUUAAACAUAAUUUCAAAUUA